GAAUACACACACUGGAAGCUAGCAGACUGUGAUUCAGCGCCUGGCCGUGCCGAUGGGCCCCCUCCUAAUAACACAACAGUUACUUGUUGUUAGUUUCGUGUCUAUGCUAUGUAGCACAUAUGCAAGUUCGGAAAAUGGCGCAGGUAGGAGUUCUGAUGUUUUAUACAUAGUGAGACAGCAACAGCUUUCGAAUAAUGGAUACGAUCCUAGCAGUCUACCGGUAUUGUCACAUGCACAAGGCAUCGACAAAAUACGUGUAUCACCCUUCAAUUGGUUAAAAAUUGGGAGUCACCAAAAAGUUCCAUCAUUCAAAAUGAUGAAGAAUGGAUGGAAAGAGGAAUUCCAUGAGAGAAUAAAAAGGUCAUUAGCAAAAUUGAAAACCAGACCUGAGGAUAAAUUCGACAUGUCAACAACAAUACCUGCCCAGUACAUUGUGGUGGUGAAAUUGAAUGUGCCUGUCAAUAGAACAACACUGCUUUGGUUACGCCAUGCCUUUGCCACAGGCCUUAAUCUGCCCCUGGAGAACGUCGGUAUCUACAAGGUCAAGGGGUUGGAAGUUGAACUUUUUUUCAUAAAACUUGGUCACCCUGUGAACAUGUUUAGACUGAUCGACUUAAAGACAGCUGAUGAAAUAAUUACUGAUGAUUUGCUGCAGACAGUCCAAAACCAAGUGCCUACAUUGAAUAUCACAUCAUUUUAUCCUCAGCAUGAUUUUGUCAUCGAGAAAUACCAUGUCAAGUUUUGGAUGGAGAGUUAUUUCCCUUAUGUGGCAGCAGCUUGUGGAGUGUACCUCCUCCUGAUAGUAUCUAUUGUGGUGUAUUGUUGCUGGCGGAAGUCCAAGAAGGAGCCACUGGCCCCCAAGGAGCUGACUAAGCCCCAGCAGGUGUACUACCCCUCCAUCAAACCAGAUAUGAAGGACCCCAUGAUGAUACAACCAGAAACUAGUCCUACAUUUGUCACUAAGGGCUGUGUAACCCAAGUACAGACACCCCCAAUGAGAGUCAAGGCAAAAGGACUAUUAGAAAGACGAGGAUCAAAUGCUUCUUUAACAAUAGACUUGAAUGCCUCGCCAGAAAUGAAGAGAUGGGAUGGGACACCACCAAAAGAAAGUACUGGUUUGGAGUAUUUGCUAUCUGCGGGGAACAGAUUGAGCAGAAGAGACCUAAGAAUGGCAGUAAAACACUCCAAAGCUUUAUAUGAAGAGUUUUGGGAAAUUCCUAUGAAUCAUCCAGAAAAAGUUUACGUGGCAGGUUCUGGUAUGAAGAACAGAUACAAAACUAUUAUACCAAAUGAACAUAGCCGGGUGAUACUGCCAGACAGUGAGUGGGACCCUUUGUCAUCAUACAUCAAUGCAAACUACAUCAGAGGAUAUGACGGAGAGCCCCACGCCUAUGUCGCUACCCAAGGACCAAUGUCCCACACAAUAGUGGACUUUUGGCGGAUGGUAUGGGCAGAGAAGGCCCCCAUUAUUGUCAUGAUCACAAAACUCAAGGAAAAAGGACGACCCAAAUGUGAAAAUUACCUACCAGAGGACAACUCAUCGGCCACAUUUGGGGACAUAGAUGUAAAAGUGGACAGAGUGGUGGCUCGGCACGGCUACUCCCUUAGACACCUCCUCCUCCGGAGUAAUGGGGAGAUUCAACAUGUCCUCCACUACUGGUACACCGCUUGGCCUGACCACAAGCCUCCUACGUCACCCACCAUGCUCCUAGAACUCAUAAAAGAGGUAGAACAACGCCGUCACCAUCACGACGGUAUCCGAACAAGAGGGCCAGUCAUUGUACACUGCAGUGCUGGUAUAGGGAGGACUGGUUGUUUUAUUGGUAUAAGUAUUGGGAUAAGACAGUUACGAGAGGAACACUCGGUAGAUACUCUCGGUACUGUAUGCACAAUGAGGAUAGACAGGGGUGGUAUGAUUCAAACACACGAACAGUAUGACUUUGUACAUCAAGCUUUAUUUGAGUAUGAGAAACAGUUAGAGGAACCAAUAGGGAACGCAGUGGGAGACUGACCCUAACAGCAAACUGUAGGGACUGAUCGCAAGGAUGUGUGAUAGUCAGUGGGACUCUAGUCAGUGGGACACUGAAGCUGACCAGCCGGAUCCAUUGACCUGCUACAAUGGACUCAAACCAAACAGUGGUCAAGUCGACUUUAGCCUCAUCAUGUAGAUGAUUCAGUUAAAAGCGUUAAUGCUUCUUCACACAGUUUCCCCUAAAAUAUCUUACUGUGCUAAACAUCAUAAAGCUCAUAUUUUUACAGCAAAUGUGAAGCUUAUAGUCUGCUGAAUUGGAUUUUGAAAUAUGACGUUUUGGAUAAUAAAAGUACCAAUAAUUAUUAUGAAGUGUGAAGCUUUCUGCUGAAUCAGAUUAUGAAGUUUGAAGCUUUUUCCUGAAUCGGAAUGUGAAUUGUGAAGCUUCCUAUUGAUUCCAUUUAUACAUUGGGACACUUCUACUGAUUUGGAUUUUGAAGUUCGCAGCUUUCUUCUGAAUCAGAGUAUAAAACAUGUAGCUUUCUACUGAGGAGGUUUAUGAGAGUUGAAGUUUUUCCCAACUGGAUUAUAAAGCAUAAAGCUUUAAAAAGAAUUGGAUUUUGAAGUUUGAAGCUUUCUACUGAUUCAGUUCGUUCAGCGUGGAGAAUUCUUCCUACUACAAAUACAGAUAGGAAUUCCCCUGAAUUGGUCUCGAGCUUCAAAUAAAAUCUGAGUGAAAUGUGAUUUAUUACAUGUAUUUAAAGGAGAAUAUUUUUACAAUUAUCAGAUACAUUUUGUCAUUAAUAUAGAGUACUUGUAUGAACCUUUCACUCUGCUUGUCAUCACAAACUAGAGAAUCUCGAUUGAUGUAGAUUUUUUCAUGUGUAUACUGAUUGAUCAGUGUCAUGUAACCUAUGGUCACACUUCAGCUUGACUGAAAUCAAAAGAAAGUACAUGUAUCUUGUUAAUAUCAUGGGAUAUAUAUGAGGCCCAACAUUGCAAGUUUUACUUAACUUGUGAAAGGUCAGACAAUGUCAGGUCACUCACACUUGUGAAGGUCCAGUUCAGUGCAUGAUCACUCACUUGCAAAGGUCAAGCUGUAAAAUUUAAAUUGUGAUCGCAAAGGUCACAAAGGUCAAACAAUGCAAGGUCAUUCACAUAGAUUCAGGAAACUUUCGGAAGACCUAAGGUCAUCAUGCAUCCCUAAAUAUGUGAUUUGUCUGGUAACAUACUUUGUGCAGAAACUUCGUACAGUGAGUACUGUAUAUUAAGUUACAGUACAAAUUCACAAGAGAUCAUUGCUUUUUCGAGGUUGGACUAAGCUCUAACGUAUAACAUUGUCAGACAUUCAUGUUUGUCAAUUUUCUUUUGCCUACAAGUUGUAUUGUGGGCGAUUCAUAUCAUAUUGUGUUAAAUUUGUUAUUUGCACAUGCAACAGAAUCACGAAAUUCUUUAUAAUAUUGAAUAUUUCAUCAAAUAACCAGACAGAUCUUUCUACAACAAUGUUACAACAAAACAUUCAGUUCAGUUUGUUUAUGGAAUCUUCUUCAUUAAAAACAAAAAUCUAUCAUCAAAGAUCCGAAAGUGUUGGAGUGUAUUGUGGUACUACCAGUAUUGUGGUACUACCAGUAUAGUGGACCCAGUGUUAUAAUAUUGUGUAGCUAUACUUGUGACGUACUCUCAUCAUUGAUAGUUAUAAGAACCCAUGUUAUCAACACCCACUAGUUAUUAUCACUAAUUGUAGCAGUCCAGCAAGCCCCAAAUAUCUCAAACAAAAGUCAACUUCAGUCUGAAAUUGCCUGAAAUUGGGAAAUUUUCAUCAGGUCUCAAUUAAUUGUUGAUUUGAUGUUAUUGUUUUUUAAUUUAUUUUUCAAAUUGAACGAUACAUAGAAACAAAGCUUGUAACCUAGAUUUGAAGUUAACUUGAAAUUUCCAAUUUUGUUUCAAAACAAUUUACUGAUAGUUUUCAAUAUAAUUAAAAGCAGGAAAAUAUACUGCAUAUAAUGUAACACUUCUGCAGUAUAAAUAUUGAUAUUUAUCAAGAAAAAAAUGGUUGUCGAGACAUAUAAACUAUUCAAGUUUAAGGAAAUUAAUGUCUGAAGUUUUACUAUUGAUUGGGAUAAUGGAGCCAGUUCAAUUCACCUUUGCCAUUCAGCAAAGAAAUUUUUCACAAGAUUUUAAUCUUUAUUCAGUUGGGCGUCAAACAGGCAAAGUGAAGAAAUUAUUCUAUGGGGACAUGUGGUCCACCUGUGUGAUGACCAAUUGACAAUUGUCGGUCAUUGCUGCCAGAAUUAUAAAUUGUUUUUACCACCGAGAUGCCAAGUGUUGUUUGGUGUUUCAUUGUUCAUACACAAUUCAUGCCCUUGUAUUGUACAUAAAGUGAUUCAUUGUGUCACAUGUCAAUCAUGUGACCACUAGUUUCAAUUCACAAGUUUGUCAUUUGAUAUGUAAGUUUUGUACCAUCAUCACAUCAAUCUUAAGUGUACCUCUAAUCAACAUCCCAUGGUGAAGUUUGGUUUCCUUUGCACUGAAGUCAGUUUCAUGUAAGCGUAGCAGUUAUGUAUUUUAUUAUUAAUCACACUCCUCUCUUGAAAUUACAUGUAGUAGCUAUUUUAUGAUUUAUUUAUUUUUCCCUUUUUUAUAUGAAAAACUUGAUCAAUAAUCAAAUAGUCAAACCUAUAUUAAGAGAGCUAGACCACUCAUGGAAAGUUAAAGUGGUGGUCUCCUAACACAGGUGGACUCUUAAUACAGGUUCAUCACAAUGAAAUCACUACAAUGGGGAACUUUACAAGGGUGCUUAAAAUUAAAACAUAAAUAAAAUGUGUGAAUACAAUCCCUAGAGACAAAAUAACCCUUUAAAAUUCUUUCAGAUG